CGGAGAUGGUGUAGCCCGGUCGCCCGAGCCGGAGCCGCCUCUGCUCGCGCGUCCCCGCGGCGUCCGCCUCCCCGCCUGAAGAGAGACCCUCCGCUCGGCGUCUCCCGCGCCGGGGAAGCCUCGGCGCCGCCGGCACCAUGAGUGAACAGAGUAUCUGUCAGGCAAGAGCUGCUGUGAUGGUUUAUGAUGAUGCCAAUAAGAAGUGGGUGCCAGCUGGUGGCUCAACUGGGUUCAGCAGAGUACAUAUAUAUCACCAUACAGGCAACAACACAUUCAGAGUGGUGGGCAGAAAGAUUCAAGAUCAUCAGGUCGUGAUAAAUUGUGCCAUUCCUAAAGGGCUGAAGUACAAUCAAGCUACACAGACUUUCCACCAAUGGCGGGAUGCUAGACAGGUGUAUGGUCUCAACUUUGGCAGCAAAGAGGAUGCCAAUGUCUUCGCAAGUGCCAUGAUGCAUGCCUUAGAAGUGUUAAAUUCACAGGAAGCAGCCCAGAGCAAGGUUACUGCUACCCAGGACAGCACUAAUUUGCGAUGUAUUUUCUGUGGGCCAACAUUGCCUAGACAAAAUACACAACUACCUGCUCAAGUUCAAAAUGGCCCAUCCCAAGAAGAGUUGGAAAUCCAGAGGAGGCAGCUGCAAGAACAGCAGCGACAGAAGGAUCUGGAGAGGGAGAGGCUGGAGAGAGAAAGAAUGGAGAGGGAAAGGCUGGAGAGAGAACGACUAGAAAGAGAGAGGCUAGAGAGGGAGCGCCUGGAACAAGAGCAGCUGGAGCGGCAGAGGCAGGAAAGGGAGCACAUGGAGCGCCUGGAAAGGGAGCGGCUGGAGCGCCUGGAGAGGGAGCGGCAAGACCGAGAGCGCCUGGAGCAGCUGGAGCGCGAGCAAGUCGAGUGGGAGCGAGAGCGAGAGCGCAGAGUGUCCAAUGCUGCUCCAUCUUCAGACAGCUCCCUGUAUAAUGCUCCACUUCCUGAGUAUUCCAGUUGCCAGCCUCCUUCAGCACCUCCUCCAUCAUAUGCUAAAGUCAUCUCAGCUCCAGUGUCAGAUGCCACUCCUGAUUACGCUGUAGUGACUGCUUUGCCACCUACUUCCACACCCCCUACACCACCACUGCGACACUCAGCGACACGUUUUGCAACAUCUUUAGGUUCAGCCUUCCACCCUGUUCUUCCCCAUUAUGCUACAGUUCCUCGUCCUCUGAACAAAAACUCUCGACCUUCUUCUCCUGUGAACACACCCUCUUCUCAGCCUCCAGCUGCGAAGUCCUGUGCCUGGUCUACUUCCAAUUUCUCGCCCCUCCCUCCAUCUCCUCCGAUAAUGAUUAGCAGCCCUCCUGGCAAAGCUACUGGCCCAAGGCCUGUCCUCCCCGUUUGUGUCUCCUCUCCUGUGCCCCAAAUGCCUCCGUCACCGACAGCACCCAAUGGGCUGCUGGACUCUGUAACAUACCCAGUGUCUCCACCGCCUACCUCAGGGCCAGCAGCGCCGCCUCCUCCGCCACCGCCGCCUCCACCGCCACCGCCACCGCCGCUGCCUCCCCUCGCCUCACUCUCACACUGUGGAUCACAGGCUUCUCCUCCUCCAGGCACCCCUCUUGCCUCAACUCCCUCAUCCAAGCCCAGUGUUCUCCCUUCUCCCUCUGCAGCUGCCCCUGCCUCUGUGGAGACCCCUCUAAAUCCUGAGCUGGGAGACUCCUCUGCUUCCGAGCCAGGCUUGCAGGCAGCCUCUCAGCCGGCCGAGUCGCCAACCCCACAGGGCCUUGUCUUGGGACCACCUGCACCUCCCCCACCUCCACCCCUCCCACCAGGCCCUAACCACACCUCAGCACUCCCUCCUCCCCCUGGACCUCCUCCACCACCUCCACUUCCAUCCACUGGGCCUCCUCCACCGCCUCCCCCACCCCCUCUUCCUAACCAAGUUCCUCCCCCUCCUCCCCCACCGCCUGCCCCUCCCCUCCCUGCAUCUGGAUUUUUCUCUGGAUCUAUGUCAGAAGACAAUCGCCCUUUAACUGGACUUGCAGCUGCAAUCGCAGGAGCAAAACUUAGGAAAGUGUCUCGGGUGGAGGAUGGCUCUUUCCCAAGUGGAGGGGGUACUGUAGGUGUGAACUUGGCCUCAUCCAAAGGAGAUGCUGGUCGUGGGAAUGGACCCCUUCCUCUAGGGGGGAGUGGCUUAAUGGAAGAGAUGAGUGCCCUGCUGGCCAGGAGGAGAAGAAUUGCUGAAAAGGGGUCAACAAUAGAAACAGAACAAAAAGAAGACAGAAGUGAAGAUUCAGAACCUAUAACUUCCAAGGCCUCUACAACAAGUACACCUGAACCAGCUAGAAAACCUUGGGAGAGAACAAACACAAUGAAUGGCAGUAAGUCACCUGUCAUCUCCAGACCCAAAUCUACACCUUCGUCACAGCCCAGUGCCAAUGGAGUCCAGACAGAAGGACUCGACUAUGACAGACUGAAGCAGAAAGAGGCUUUGUCCUCAUUUCAUCCCUGGAGGAAAGUAGAGCUCCGUGUGGACUCAGCACCCCAGGUACCAUCCCCACCUCCCCCAUCUGCUCUGGCUUUCGUGCAUGGUGCGCUGCAGAGCACGGUCCUGGAGUCCGGGUUGGCGUCACCCAGCAGGCACAGGCUAUCUAGACUGCAGUGUUUUGGCGCCCCGCGGCGGCAGCGCUCAGCCGCGAGUCUCCCGGCGGGUGUGCAGCGCCCUCUGCUGGCCGACGACCUUCCUCUUCUUGCGUUGGGCCUGCAUCGUCGGGUCAGUUGCUGA